CAUCCUCUACCUUUCUUUUCUCACCGUCAACUUUAUUCCUAAAGCCUUCCACAAGACAAGGUAAUAUCACUGUCACCACCUCGUAUUCCUUCUCAAACUUAGCAUGGGGAAGAUCUGGAUGGAAAUAGGGUUACUUUCUGCUCGAGGUCUCAAACAACCAUCGCUCUUGAAGCUCCAGUGGUUUGCCGUUGGUUGGAUCGAUCCAAAGAACAAGUAUCGCACCAACAUCGACCGCUCUGGAAGUGCGAAUCCCAUUUGGAAGACAAAGUUUGCUACAUUGGUCGAUGUCUCUAACUUGGAAUUCCAAGACCUGGCACUCCAUGUAGAAGUUUAUAGCAGGGAGCCUAUUUUCCUUCGGGAAAGGCUCCAGGGAACAGCUACUAUUGUCCUGAGAGAGUUUCUGGCAAAGCAUGCAAAGAAUUCUGAUGUUUCCAGGGCAACCGUUGAAGAAGUGGGGAGCUAUCAGCUAAGAAAGGGAAAUUCCAGCACACCCCAGGGAUUUAUCGAUAUUUCUGUUCGCAUAUCAGAAGAAGGGGCUGGGUCACGUAAUCACAUAGGCAAUGGAGGACUCAUGCUUACGGACCAUGGGAAUAACAUAACCCUGGCACCAAAAGAUCCGUCAGCUCAAGCCUUCCCAACGCGACUGCCUAUAGUUCGACAAAGUCGAGAAAACAAUCCACAGACAAACGUCCCAGUAUAUCAUUCAACGCCAAUACAGGGCAACUAUCACAUCCCACCCGUACGUGGACCGAGCAAUUAUCCAAUUAGAACAACUCCACCACCACCACCACCACCUCCACCGCCAUCUUCAAAUGUUGGUUUCAUACCCACCUUUUUUCCGAGGACAGAAAAUCUGCCAGGGGCCCAUAUGAACAUGGCUCCAUCUGGAGCAGAAGAUGGACAAGGCAGAGGACCGGGGUUUGCAAUGGGAUUAGGGGCAGGAGCACUCGCAGCUGGUGCUGCCAUUUUUGGGGAAGACUUCAUGUCAGGAGUUGAUGCUCCUAGAGGCUUACAGGAUGCUAGUCUUACUGUCUCAAUGGAUCCCCCCUUCUGAUAAAACAGCAUACUUUUUCACUACAUGAAGCGUUCAUCUCGUGGCAUUAAAAUUGUAAUUUUAUCGUUCCAACUGUAUGGGUGAAUAUGCAUAGCUAAACCAUUCAAUGAUUUGCUAGCCUUGCAUAAGUUUAAUUGCACCAAACCCUGUCGGACGCUCAA